UGUCGGACCAGCAGGAGAAAAAAAUGUCUACUAGUGUAGUAAGAUAAAAAUCCACCGAUAACAAGUCUAGUUGCGUUUCAAGUUAAUUCAUUUUGUUUUAAGCACGUUUAAAAAACAAACUUAACAGAAAAUGAGCAUAACGCUUUUGAAAAAAGGUCGUUAUUUUUAAGUGUGAAAAUGGAGGGAAACGUUCCAAAGAAAUAGCGCGCGGUGACUGCUGGCACGGAGCGACAGCAGCUGCUCUCUCUUAUUUCAAUAUCAAUUCUCUCUCUCUCUCUCUCUCUCUCUCUCUCUCUCUCUCUCUCUCUCUCUCUCUCUCUCUCUUUAGGGGGAGUGUCGGGCCACGAAUAGCUAGUGACUUGUAGCCCGGUAGCAGCGCACACAUCUGAAGAUUGAAGACGAAAUAACCGACGUGGGCAGUGGAAAAAAAGAAGACAAAAUAGUGGAAAUUCUCCGACCGCGUGGAUUAAGACAAACAGAGCAGAACCAAGAGUGAAAGACGAGAAGGUCCCAGGGAGGAAUCAUCUGGGAAACUGUCUGGAAACUUAGAAAAAGAGACAGAGAACUAUUUCAAAAAAGAGCUUCUUAUCAGACAGAGAAUACCUGAGGAACAGACCAUAUUCACUUAAGAUUUCAAACCGUUGAAGAGUCUUCAAGGAUAUAAGUGAAAGUCAGUGACGGGACUUUCUGAGCGGAGGGCUUACUGGAAUACAGAUUUCCUUUGGGAAUUUCAUAUCAUAAACCUACGCAUAAACACACUGACAGCAGUUACGGUGUUGCCUAACAUGGAGUUGAAGUGGGCACUUCUUCUUUUGGGUCUGUUCCUGGAGUCUAGUGAAUUACGUGGAUGUGGCAUUGGAUUUGCCAUAAAGAACAAUAAGUGUGUUGAUACAAAUGAGUGUUUGAUGGUUCCGGGUGUGUGUGGCGAUCACUCUCAGUGUUUCAACACAAAUGGAAGUUACUACUGCACCUGUAAUGCAGGAUUUCGGUCAACAACACCCAAUUUCACAGCAACAACGGGAGAGUGCAGGGACAUCAAUGAGUGUUUUGAGAAAACACAUGAAUGCCCUGGUAGUAAGGUGUGUAAUAACACCAUUGGCUCUUAUGAGUGCAUCUGUCCACUUGGAUAUCAUGAAACAAGAACAGACUCAGGAUGUGAAGAUGUGGAUGAGUGUUUGUCCUCAGUGUGUGGAGUUCACAGCAGCUGCAUUAACACACAUGGCAGUUUCCACUGCAACUGUUCUUCAGGGUUUCACAAACAUGAGAACGGCACCUGUGCAGACGACAAUGAGUGUUCCAAAGAUCCAGGUGUUUGUGGUACAAAUGCCGUCUGCGAAAAUCAUCCAGGCAGCUACCGCUGCAAAUGCCUCAAGGGUUACAGUAAUUAUGGCAACAACCAGUCAAAAUGCAUUGAGAUGAGCUGCGAUCACUUCAAAAUAGAGUCUGACAUGGAGGACGUGCCAUUAAAGUUGAAGCAUUUACUGGAGCUGUUGAGGAACAGCUGUGAGUCUCUGCGUGAUCCAAAUGGAGGCCGUAAGAAGGGAGAGGAGUUACUGGAGAAUGUUUUCACUUCCACUGACGAGCUGCUGUCUGAAGAAAAUAUCACUGACGGCGAGAUGUUGAGUCACUUUCUGGACACGGUGGAGAACAGUAUGCGUCUGAUCGGACCUCAGCUGAAAGAGCCUGUGACCAGGAUGGAGACACACAACACCUUCGCUGAGGUUGCAGUCAUGCGAAACCGAACUCCGCCCAGUGGGCAGGUUAUUCUGAGCACAGACGCUGCCCACUUCAACACCAGCUGGGAAACAGUUGUAGGGAAAUCAUAUCCAGGUUUUGCGUUUGCGGCUCUGGUCAGUUAUAAAGAUCUGAACUCACCCAGUGAUCUGUUCCACAAGAUGAGUAGAACAUCCCAGGAGCAGAACAGCAGAGAGAAAUCAGACGAUAAAGAGUCAAACGCCAUUUAUCAGCUCAACUCUAAAGUGGUGACGGUCGUCGUCAGUAAUACAGACACCAAAAACCUCCCAGAGCCAGUGAUGCUCGUCUUUACACACGUGGAGGAGAGGGCGGAAUCUGAGGGCGUGGCUUACUCCUGUGUGUACUGGGAUGAGACUGAGGGGGCGUGGUCUGGGCGGGGCUGUGAGAGGGCGUGGUCUAACAGCACUCAUACAGCAUGUUCCUGCUCCCACCUCAGCAGCUUCGCUGUGUUAAUGGCUCUCUAUCCUGUCCAGGACACGUUUGAGUUGGUGUUGAUCACACGUGUGGGUUUAGCUCUGUCUCUGGUCUGUUUGUUUCUCUGUAUCCUGACGUUCCGGUUCUGCCGCUCCAUCCAAGGAACCCGAACCAGCAUCCAUCUCCAUCUGAGCAUCUGUCUUUUCAUCGCAGACCUCAUCUUCCUCUGUGGGAUCUCCAGUACUCAGAAUAAGGUUGGGUGUGCGAUUGUGGCCGGUCUGCUUCAUUUCUUCUUCUUGUCUGCGUUCUGCUGGAUGCUGCUGGAGGGGGUUCAGCUCUACCGGAUGGUUGUGCUGGUGUUUCACACCACAUUAAAACAUCUCUACUUGUAUUUGGUGGGAUACGGAGUCCCGCUCGUCAUCGUCAUCAUCUCUGCCAUCGCGUAUCCAAAGGGAUACGGCACCGACAGACACUGUUGGCUCUCUCUUGACGGUUAUUUCAUAUGGAGCUUCCUUGCGCCCGUCUGCAUCAUCGUUGUCCUCAACAGCUUUGUCUUUAUUAUCACUGUGUGGAAACUGGCCGAAAAGUUCUCCAGCCUCAAUCCAGACCUCUCCAAACUCCGCAACAUCAGGAGGUUCACGGUGACUGCUGUGGCUCAGUUGUGUAUUCUUGGAGGGAUGUGGGUUUUCGGCAGCUUCCUCUUCCAGGAGAAAGUAACUCAGGUUGCACUGUACCUCUUCUCCAUCUUAAACAGCCUCCAGGGGGCGCUCAUCUUCAUCAUGCACUGCCUGCUGUCCAAAGCGGUCAGAGACGAGUAUUGCAAGCUGAUUACCAGGAUCUGCUCACCUAAAGAGAUGUAUUCAGAAUUCAGCACCAAUCAGUCCAGCAACAGUCAGCAGCCUCUACGAAGUGAUCAGACCACGGGAGAGUCCAAGAUAUAGAGCAGCUGUCAGUCCUGAAGGAUCCUUGUAGAUGUCUGACCUUUAAAGACACAAGGAAGCGUGACUUCUCACAGAGCUUUAAUUCUGCCGCACAUGGGACUCCUUUCCAUUGAGAAGAUCUUAAACUGCUUUCUUUCAGUCUGUUAAGCAAGAAUAUUUCAGGUGUGGGGCUCAUCUCAUGACCUGUGCAUCACUGGAGGCGGAUUCGAAACAUAUCAGCCGAAACAGCAAAAGUAAUAAAAUAUGUAGGGCAGUUUUCUUCUUCUAAUGGACUCUGGAGACAUUUUAGCUGUUUUCGUUGUGCCUUUAGUGAAGAACGUCUUACAUGCAAAAGGCAGCUUUUAUUUACGUAUAGUAUAUAAGAAAAUGUAGUAGAGAUGAUAUUUGAAGAACUAGUCUCCAACCUGCCUUAUAAAAAAGGUCUUCUCUGAAACACUUCUGUUCUCUGAAAACUUAAUCGAUUAUCAAUUAUAGACCGUCGCGUUUAUAUGAUCUGCACUUACAUGCCACUUUACGUCUUUAAGCUUUUGGGAAAUUUGAUCUCUGUUUAUGUGGGAAAUAGGCGAGAGGUACUUUAGAUUCAUAAAGCUAUUUAAACAGAGACAGUUUUUUGUGACAAUGUCACAAUGUCUCUUAUCCUCCUUUAUAAAAGUAAAACUAGUCCUGAAACUAUAAUAUCAUGGAGAGAUAAACAUAUUGAGAUUCUUAUGUGUCCAAGGAUCUUUCUCAGAUUUAAAUUUAAGUUCCUUCUAAAGGCCGAUCCAGUGCUGCCACCUUGUGGAACAACUGAUUAGUGCAAAACUAAUUCAAUACACAUGUGCAACUUGUACUUACAAAGUAUGUGCGGCUACAAAAAUCAGGUGGUGUGCAUACUAUUCUGGUGAUGAAAUUUGCAUCAUGCACUGUACGUGGACCAUUGUGUAUGCAUAAAAACCAAGUAGGCUUUUAAUGUGUGCAAAAUCUAUAUGCAGUCUACACGCUUGGCUUGCACAUGCACCUUGAAUGUUUUUUGCAGUAAUUACUUGUUCCACAAGGUGACAACACUCGAUGUGGUUGUUUCACAUUAAGAACAAAAGAGUUACAAUCCACUGUAUAAGUCUUUCUGUGAUCAGGUUAGGAGAUUCCCACAACUCUAGUUUUAAAGAUUACAAAGACAUUUUUUACCAGUCAUCUUGAGAAAAAAAGCGUUGACAGCAGAAAGAUGAUGCUUUCACAUGCGUUAUCUUUCGCAUCAAAACUAAGCCCUGAUAGCACACGUACAACACAGAGACAUCUGUUUGACAUCUGCAAGUUGCAUUUUUUAUUAUGUGUUCACACCAAACAUGGAUUUAAUUAUUUGAGUAGUUUACAUACAAAGUCAAUGCAAGGAUAUGAAUAGAUUCAUGCCAGGCGACUCAAAUGACACGAAAUGCGCAAUGUGUUUGCCCGGAACAUGCAAUAUUCGCCUUAAUCCUGUCUUCCGUGCAAGUUCAAGUAUUUCAGUUCGCGCAAGCCAGUUAAUGAAGAGCUUAUUGACACGUCCGGUUGUAUCAGAAAAUGUUGUAGAGGUGUCUAUUAGAUGUCUUUAAGAUGUUUAUGAUUUAGAAUGUAUGUAAAGCUGACAUCUUACAGACAUCAGAUGUUUGUACACCGCAGAUGCUUUCCAGAUGAAGCGAUCUUUAACAGGCAUCUUGCAGACGUACGUGUGCUAUCUGGAAAGCAUACUUUGGACUUUACUGUUUCCAUUUUAAGCACAAAGUGAAUUUGUAAGACGAUGAAGCUAAUGUGAAAGUUUAAACUCCUUGCUUCUGCAACUCAAAGGUUUUACUUGCUCUCUUUUUUAUGUGUAGUAAUAUUUGAUAAGAAACAAAUAUUUUAUUUUACAUAAAGUUUUGUAUCUUUUGGAGAAAUGUUUUUUGGUGUUAUUUUUGUACUUGAAAUUAGGGUCAUUUCCAGCCCUGAUGUGGUACUGCAAUGUUUUUCAGCAAGUAUUAAAUAACUGCUAAAAGAA